UUUUUUGAUCUCGCUCUCUCUCUCUCUCUCUCUCUCUCUCACGCACACACAUUUCCAGGGCAUUCUCUCUCCUUCCUUCUAUCUCUAUCUCUAUCUCUAUCUCUAUCUCUUUCCCUUUCUCUCUCCUCUCUCCUCUCUCCUCUCUCUCCAGAAGGGGCAAAACCCUAAAGAGCCGUUUAUACCAACCCAAUUGUCAUGGAUGAUGACGCAUUGAACAUGCGCAAUUGGGGUUACUAUGAGCCAUCCUUCAAAGGGCAUCUUGGUCUGCAGCUCAUGUCAAGCAUGGCAGACCGUGACACAAAGCAUUUUCUUCCCGGUCGUGACCCCAAUAGCAUUAUGGUCAACCCAGUAAAUGGAACCUUUCAUCCGCGGGAUUGUGUUGUUUCAGAAGCACCUGUUCCUCUGAAUUAUGUGAGGGACAGUUGGGCAAACCAAAGGGAUAAGUUUCUCAAUAUGUUGCCCGCUAAUCCUAAUUAUGCCGUUCUCCCAGAAACUUCUGGAGCUCACUCCUUACAGAUUUUACAACCACCUGCUCUGCCAAGGGAUGAAAGAGUCAGUAAAAUUGAAGAGCCUCCUGUUAAAAAUGAGCGUGGCCAAAUGAAGAAAAGGCAGAGUGGGGAUGCCCCAAAAACACCAAAAGCAAAAAAGCCUAGGAAGCCAAGGGAUAAUAAUAAUUCUUCAGUUCAGCGUGUGAAGCCAGCAAAAAAGAAUAUCGAUGUUGUCAUAAAUGGGAUUGAUAUGGACAUCUCUGGUAUUCCUAUUCCUGUUUGCUCAUGUACUGGAACUCCUCAGCAAUGUUAUCGUUGGGGCUGUGGUGGUUGGCAGUCGGCUUGUUGUACCACAAACGUGUCUAUGUAUCCUUUGCCAAUGAGUACGAAAAGGCGUGGUGCAAGGAUAGCUGGACGGAAAAUGAGCCAGGGUGCAUUUAAGAAGGUAUUGGAAAAGCUUGCAGCUGAAGGAUAUAAUUUUGCUAACCCAAUUGAUCUGAGGACUCACUGGGCUAGACAUGGUACUAACAAGUUCGUCACUAUCAGGUAGAGUCACAUGGACGGUACCAUUUGUGUGAUUCACAUUGCAUUUGGUCGGUUUUCAUCUGUAUAUUAUAUGUGGCCUUUUGCAGAGAUCUUCCUGUUACUUUGUAGUCCAUGAGUUUUCACUGUCAUGACAUUAUUCUCAAAAUUCGAACAUCUAGGUUCCAUUUCUUUACUUGUUUUGUUUCGGCUUAUGUGAUAAAGACAACCAGUAACUUCUGGCCACCAGGAUUUAUGUCAAGAGUUGUCAUGUGUUGGACACUUAUUUUAAUAUACUAUCCUUUGAGCUUUCAAUUUAUU